AUGGAGCGGCGCGUGAGCGUGAAGACCUGGGUGGCUGCCAACCGGGCCUCCUUCCAGCCCCCCGUCUGCAACAAGCUCAUGCACCAGGAGCAGCUCAAAAUCAUGUUCGUCGGGGGCCCCAACACCAGGAAGGACUAUCACAUCGAGGAGGGUGAGGAGGUGUUUUAUCAGCUGGAGGGAGACAUGGUCCUCCGAGUCCUGGAGCGAGGGAAACAUCGGGAUGUGGUCAUUCGUCAGGGAGAGAUAUUCCUCCUGCCUGCCGGGGUGCCCCAUUCACCACAGAGGUUUGCCAACACCAUGGGGCUGGUGAUUGAGCGGAGGCGGCUGGAAACCGAGCUAGAUGGACUCAGAUACUACGUGGGGGACACCGUGGACGUCCUGUUUGAGAAGUGGUUCUACUGCAAGGACCUCGGCACGCAGUUGGCCCCCAUCAUCCAGGAGUUCUUCAGCUCGGAGCAGCACAGAACAGGAAAGCCCAUCCCUGAUCAGCUGCUAAAGGAGCCACCAUUCCCACUGAGCACACGCUCCAUCAUGGAGCCCCUGUCUCUGGAGGCCUGGAUGGAUGGCCACCGCAGGGAGCUGCAGGCAGGCACGCCCCUCAGCCUGUUUGGGGACACCUAUGAGACCCAGGUGAUCGCCCAUGGGCAAGGCAGCAGCAAAGGCCCGAGACAGGAUGUGGACGUGUGGCUGUGGCAGCUGGAGGGCUCCUCGGUGGUGACGAUGGGGAGACAGCACCUGAGCCUGACCCCUGACGACAGCCUCCUGGUGCCAGCUGGAACUGCGUACUCCUGGGAGCGAGCGCAAGGCUCUAUGGCCCUAUCUGUGACCCAGGACCCUGGCCGCAAGAAGCCCCUGGGGUGACCCUCUUGCUGUAGGCCAGAAGUAACCACGCGUGCACCUGAGAACCAUCCUGAGCACAACCCCUGCCAAAUUACUCUCCCUGCCCCACUUCUUGUCUGUGUACUGCUGCCGAGCAUCUCAGCAUCCCCCACACUGGGCCCUGGACAUCAAUGUCCCCCAUCCUCCUGCCACUCCCAGCCCAGGUGCCAGGCUCCUGGGGACCAGUGCCUCCCCUUCUCCUCAGUCAGCCCUCAGUCCACUGCCACACCGGUUCUGCCAAGAGGUCUGCCCCCUGCAGCUGGGCUGCUGCUCCGUCCCUCUGUCCUCAUCGGCUCAGCACAGCACUGGCCUGCUACCAGGAAGGCCCUCAAUAAAGUCUUCCUG